UUCUGACCCGAAGGCCCUCUCAGCUUACAGAUCCCAAAUCAUAAUCGUAUGACGAGUCUUCUUGUUAUAUAGAACAAUAGAAAUCUCUCUUUCUUCUAAAGUCGGAACCCUCCCCACCCCCUUCUCUCUCUCUCUCUCUCUAGAUCUCUCAUUUUCUCUCUCUAUAUUGCUCGGAGGGUUCAAGGGUUUAUUCGCUGCAUCAGAUCUCGCAGCAGCGAUUAGCCUCUCUCGAUCCCAACUCACAGAUCUGAGUUCUCAUCUCAAACUUUCGAUCUCGCCACCAUGGCGGCCGCUAAUGCUCCGAUCACCAUGAAAGAGGCCUUAACGUUACCGAGCAUUGGGAUCAACCCACAAUUUAUAACCUUCACGCAUGUUACUAUGGAAUCUGAUAAGUAUAUAUGUGUUCGGGAAACCUCACCACAGAACAGUGUUGUAAUUGUUGAUAUGAGUAUGCCAAUGCAACCUUUGAGGAGGCCUAUUACUGCGGAUUCGGCUCUUAUGAAUCCUAAUUCCAGAAUUCUAGCUCUGAAAGCUCAACUAUCCGGAACUACCCAGGAUCACUUGCAGAUCUUUAACAUUGAAAUGAAAGCAAAAAUGAAGUCACAUCAGAUGCCUGAGCAGGUUGUCUUCUGGAAGUGGAUUAGCCCAAAAUUGCUGGGCCUUGUCACGCAAACCUCCGUUUAUCAUUGGUCAAUUGAAGGUGAUUCUGAGCCCGUAAAGAUGUUUGAUAGAACAGCUAAUUUAGCAAAUAAUCAGAUAAUCAAUUAUCGAUGCGAUCCUACGGAAAAGUGGUUGGUUUUAAUUGGAAUUGCUCCUGGUUCACCAGAGAGACCGCAACUUGUGAAAGGAAAUAUGCAACUCUUUUCUGUGGAUCAGCAGCGCAGUCAAGCUCUUGAAGCACAUGCCGCAUCAUUUGCCUCGUUCAAAGUCCCAGGGAAUGAAAAUCCUUCUGUUCUUAUUUCGUUUGCCACAAAGAGCUCUAAUGCUGGACAAAUUACAUCAAAGUUGCAUGUUAUUGAGCUUGGUGCCCAGCCAGGGAGACCAUCUUUCACAAAGAAACAGGCAGAUCUCUUCUUUCCUCCUGACUUCGCUGAUGACUUUCCAGUUGCGAUGCAGAUAUCCCACAAGUAUAGUUUGAUUUAUGUGAUAACCAAGCUUGGACUUCUAUUUGUGUAUGACCUGGAAACUGCUACUGCAGUAUACAGAAAUAGGAUUAGUCCAGAUCCAAUUUUUCUGACGUCAGAAGCUUCAUCAGCUGGAGGUUUCUAUGCCAUCAACAGGCGAGGCCAGGUGUUGCUCGCUACUGUAAAUGAAGCAACUAUUGUGCCUUUUGUCAGUGGCCAGUUGAACAAUCUUGAGCUUGCAGUCAAUCUUGCCAAAAGAGGAAACCUACCUGGCGCUGAGAAUUUGGUCGUUCAACGGUUCCAAGAAUUGUUUGCUCAAACCAAGUAUAAGGAGGCUGCUGAACUUGCUGCAGAAUCCCCACAAGGAAUUCUCCGCACACCUGACACAGUUGCUAAAUUUCAGAGCGUUCCUGUGCAAGCUGGGCAAACACCACCUCUGUUGCAGUACUUUGGUACACUUCUAACGAGAGGGAAGCUUAAUGCAUUUGAGUCAUUGGAAUUGUCACGCCUAGUUGUGAAUCAGAAUAAAAAGAAUCUUUUGGAGAAUUGGUUGGCCGAGGACAAGCUGGAAUGUAGUGAAGAACUUGGAGACCUUGUAAAGACUGUGGACAAUGACCUUGCACUGAAAAUAUAUAUUAAAGCCAGAGCAACUCCAAAAGUUGUUGCGGCCUUUGCCGAGCGGAGAGAGUUUGACAAAAUUCUGAUAUACUCUAAGCAGGUUGGAUAUACACCUGAUUAUCUGUUCCUUCUGCAAACUAUUCUGAGAUCAGAUCCUCAGGGAGCUGUUAAUUUUGCCUUGAUGAUGUCUCAAAUGGAGGGAGGUUGUCCAGUUGAUUACAAUACAAUAACAGAUCUCUUUCUUCAGAGGAACCUGAUCCGGGAGGCAACAGCAUUUUUGUUAGAUGUUCUAAAGCCCAAUUUGCCGGAGCAUGCUUACCUUCAAACAAAGGUCCUGGAAAUCAAUCUUGUAACUUUUCCUAAUGUGGCGGAUGCUAUUUUAGCAAAUGGGAUGUUUAGUCAUUAUGACCGUCCUCGAAUUGCUCAACUUUGUGAAAAAGCUGGUCUUUAUGUCCGUGCUCUUCAGCACUACAGUGAAUUGCCGGACAUCAAACGUGUCAUUGUGAAUACUCAUGCAAUUGAACCACAGUCUCUUGUAGAGUUCUUUGGGACACUUUCACGGGAAUGGGCACUGGAGUGCAUGAAGGACCUCUUACUGGUGAAUUUAAGAGGGAACCUUCAGAUAAUCGUGCAGGUUGCCAAGGAAUAUUCUGAGCAAUUGGGUGCUGAUGCAUGCAUAAAACUCUUUGAGCAAUUCAAGUCAUAUGAAGGGUUGUACUUCUUCUUGGGGUCAUCUUUAAGCUCCAGUGAGGAUCCUGACAUUCAUUUCAAGUACAUUGAGGCAGCUGCUAAGACUGGACAAAUCAAGGAAGUUGAGCGUGUUACUAGAGAAUCAAAUUUCUAUGACCCUGAAAAGACAAAGAACUUCCUAAUGGAGGCCAAACUUCCAGAUGCACGGCCACUGAUUAACGUAUGUGAUCGUUUUGGGUUUGUUCCAGAUCUGACGCACUACCUUUAUUCGAAUAACAUGCUCCGAUACAUCGAAGGUUAUGUCCAAAAGGUCAACCCAGGAAAUGCUCCUUUAGUUGUAGGGCAGCUGCUGGAUGAUGAGUGUCCUGAAGAUUUCAUUAAAGGACUGAUUCUCUCUGUCCGUUCUCUGCUUCCUGUUGAACCCCUCGUGGAGGAGUGUGAGAAAAGGAAUCGUCUCCGAUUACUCACUCAGUUCUUGGAGCAUCUGGUCAGUGAGGGAAGCCAAGAUGUACAUGUUCACAACGCAUUGGGUAAAAUCAUAAUAGAUAGCAACAACAAUCCUGAGCACUUUCUCACCACCAAUCCGUAUUAUGAUUCACGUGUUGUGGGUAAAUAUUGCGAGAAGCGUGAUCCCACCCUUGCAGUUGUUGCUUACCGCAGAGGACAAUGUGAUGAUGAACUUAUUAAUGUAACAAAUAAGAACUCUUUAUUCAAACUACAGGCCAGGUAUGUAGUUGAAAGAAUGGAUGCUGACCUCUGGGAGAAAGUUCUUAACCCUGAGAAUGAAUAUAGAAGACAGCUCAUUGAUCAAGUUGUAUCUACUGCUUUGCCUGAAAGCAAGAGCCCGGAACAGGUUUCUGCGGCUGUUAAAGCUUUCAUGACAGCUGAUCUUCCUCAUGAGUUGAUUGAACUCCUAGAAAAGAUUGUGCUCCAAAACUCGGCAUUCAGUGGAAACUUUAAUCUGCAGAACUUGCUUAUCUUGACAGCCAUUAAGGCUGAUCCAUCCAGAGUUAUGGAUUACAUUAAUAGGCUAGAUAACUUUGAUGGACCUGCAGUUGGGGAAGUGGCUGUGGAAGCCCAAUUGUAUGAAGAAGCUUUUGCGAUUUUCAAGAAGUUCAACUUGAAUGUCCAAGCUGUCAAUGUUCUCCUGGAUAAUAUCCGAAGUAUUGAUCGGGCUGUCGAGUUCGCAUUCCGCGUUGAAGAAGAUGCUGUUUGGAGUCAAGUGGGCAAGGCUCAACUCAGGGAGGGAUUAGUUAGUGAUGCAAUUGAGUCAUUUAUUCGUGCAGAAGAUGCCACUCAAUUCUUAGAUGUUAUUCAUGCUGCUCAGGAUGCAAAUGUCUACCAUGACUUGGUGACGUACCUACUGAUGGUUAGGCAGAAGGUGAAGGAGCCCAAGGUGGACAGUGAGCUUAUUUAUGCAUAUGCAAAAAUUGAUAAGCUGGGUGAGAUUGAAGAAUUUAUUCUCAUGCCAAAUGUUGCCAAUCUCCCAAAUGUUGGUGAUCGCUUGUAUGAUGAAGCCCUUUAUGAGGCUGCAAAAAUAAUAUUUGCUUUUAUUUCCAACUGGGCCAAGUUGGCCUGCACGCUUGUGAAGCUUAGACAGUUUCAAGGUGCUGUUGAUGCAGCAAGAAAAGCCAAUAGUUCAAAGACGUGGAAGGAAGUUUGUUUUGCUUGUGUUGAUGCUGAGGAGUUCCGGUUGGCUCAGAUAUGUGGACUCAACAUUAUUGUACAGGUGGAUGACUUGGAAGAGGUCAGUGAAUAUUACCAGAAUAGAGGAUGCUUCAAUGAGCUGAUUUCUCUCAUGGAAAGUGGUUUAGGAUUAGAGCGUGCACAUAUGGGGAUCUUUACUGAGUUGGGUGUCCUUUAUGCUAGAUACCGUUAUGAGAAACUUAUGGAGCAUAUCAAACUGUUUUCAACCCGUCUCAACAUUCCCAAGCUUAUACGUGCUUGUGAUGAACAACAACAUUGGAAGGAACUCACCUAUUUGUAUAUUCAAUAUGAUGAGUUUGAUAAUGCUGCUACCACCAUUAUGAAUCAUUCCCCAGAAGCUUGGGAUCACAUGCAAUUCAAAGAUGUUGCCGUCAAAGUUGCUAAUGUGGAGCUGUAUUACAAAGCUGUGCAUUUCUACUUACAAGAGCACCCUGAUCUUAUAAAUGAUCUUCUUAAUGUGCUCGCACUUCGUGUGGAUCAUACACGUGUCGUUGACAUAAUGCGAAAGGCGGGCCACCUACUCCUUGUGAAGCCAUACAUGGUUGCAGUUCAGAGCAACAACGUGUCCGCUGUGAAUGAAGCUUUGAAUGAGAUAUAUGUUGAGGAGGAAGACUAUGACAGAUUACGGGAAUCAAUUGAUAUGCAUGAUAAUUUUGAUCAGAUUGGUCUUGCUCAGAAGAUUGAGAAACAUGAGCUUCUUGAGAUGAGACGCGUUGCUGCUUAUAUCUACAAAAAGGCAGGUAGAUGGAAGCAGUCCAUUGCAUUGUCAAAGAAAGAUAAUCAUUACAAAGAUGCCAUGGAGACAUGCUCACAAUCUGGGGAUCGUGAACUUGCAGAGGAGUUGCUUGUUUAUUUUAUUGAAAAGGGAAAGAAGGAAUGCUUUGCGUCGUGCCUCUUCGUUUGUUAUGAUUUAAUUCGUCCAGACGUGGCUCUUGAACUUGCCUGGAUGAAUAAUAUGAUUGAUUUUGCCUUCCCAUAUCUGUUGCAGUUUAUCCGUGAGUACGCGGGCAAAGUUGACGAACUAAUCAAGGACAAACUUGAAGCUCUUAGUGAAGUUAAAGUUAAAGAGAAGGAAGAGAAGGAUGUCAUUGCACAACAGAAUAUGUACGCUCAGUUGCUGCCUCUUGCUUUGCCAGCACCACCAAUGCCGGGUAUGGGAGGAGCGGGGAUGGGAGGAGGUUUUGCUCCUCCACCACCCAUGGCUGGAAUGGGGAUGCCUCCCAUGCCCCCUUUCGGCAUGCCAACAAUGGGCUCCUAUUGAUUUGUGGGUGACAGUGGAAGUGGAAAAUUGUAGCCAACAGUUGGUUGGUUGACGAGGGUGCAGAAACUAGCGGGUCUGGGCUCUCAAUGUGUUUGUGGGGGUUGAACCAUCAUUCUUUGUCACUUCAUGUCCUUUCUUGAAAAUAGAAAACGUCGUUUGGUGGGCUGAAGUGAAGGUUUAUUUAGUUCAGAAAUAAUGUCAAAUUUUGUUUUAUCUUUUUAAUUUUUUCUUGUGUUUUUAUUUGUGAUAGGGGUGUGGAUAUAUUUCUUUGUAAUAUUCAUUUGAUAGUGGAGGCAUUUUUUUGCAGCUGGUAGGGGGCCGAGCUGAGGAGGAUAUUUGUUGUACUAAAAACAAAGUGGCCGUGCACCAUAUACUGUUUUCAUAUUCAAUUUUUCUAUUUCUCAA